CCAAAAUUGAUUUCCAGACUGCACGAUGGCUUCCAAUUUCAAGCACUUGUUGGAUGUGUGGCAUUUUUGUUCUCUGUCUGUGAAUAGAACUGGAUUGGGGAUUGUUCAGAGCGAAAAGUGAAGGAUUGGGACACAAAAAUCAAUAACUAGGAAGUAACUUUAUCACCUUAUUUGGAAGAAUAUAGAUGUCAUCAUGUUAUCGAAGAGAGUCUGCAGGUUACUCAUCUGUGUUGUUUUACUGGGAACACUGGCAAAGCAAAGCAGGGCAUGUCCAUCGAACUGCAACUGUGAUGUGAGGGAGAAGGGCCGUGGAAAGUGGGGAGGGGAAAGAGGAGGUAGCAAGGCCAGACGCGUGUUGGAGUGUACUGGUCGCAGUCUUACAAGACCUAUACCAGUUAAUGCAAUCCCUGAAGAUACAGUGUUAUUGGAUUUGAGCAACAACAACAUGAAGACUAUUCGUGGAGGUGCUUUCACUGGACUGAGUUCUGUUCAAAUACUGUAAGUUA